AUGGAGGUCAAGCUAUGGAAUGACAAGCGCGAGAGAGAAAUGUAUGAGAAUUUUGCUGAGUUAUAUGCAAUAAUAAAAGCCACCGAGAAGCUUGAAAAGGCUUAUGUUCGUGACAUUAUAUCCUCAUCUGAGUAUGAAACUGAGUGCCAGAAACUCAUUGCCCAUUUCAAAACUUUGGCUUCCACUCUGAAAGACACAGUCCCUAGCAUUGAGCGCUUUGCGGAUACAUACAAGAUGGACUGCCCAGCUGCCAUUAACCGGCUUGUGACCUCUGGGGUGCCUGCCACAGUGGAACAUCGAGCUGCUGCAGCUGCCUCGUCUACCACCUCAGCUGCCACCGUGGCAGAGUGUGUUCAGAACUUCAUCACAGCUAUGGAUUCGCUGAAGUUGAAUAUGGUGGCUGUGGACCAGGUGCAUCCUUUGCUUUCAGACCUCUCAGCUUCACUGAACAAGUUGAGUAUUUUGCCACCUGACUUUGAGGGUAAGACAAAGAUGAAAGACUGGAUUUUGAGGCUGUCUAAGAUGGGGGCAGCAGAUGAGUUGACAGAGCAGCAGGCUCGGCAACUUCAUUUUGAUCUGGAGUCCUCGUACAAUUCAUUUAUGGCAGCUUUGCCUAGUGCUGGUACUUGA